AUGGCAAAUGUUACACCACAUUUACAAGGUUGGAUUGAAAAACAAGGUGAAAAGGGCAUUAUCAAAACAUUCAAGAAUAGAUUUUUCUUAUUAGCCAAGAAUGGAUACGAUUUACAUUAUUACGAAAAAGAACCAGUUGUAGAUAAUGACACAAGUUUUAAAUCAUCCAUCAAUAGUAGUACAUUAAAUAGUUUGGGUUUCAUCGAUCUUCGACAAGUAUCAUCAAUUAAAAGAGUUGAUAGCACUAAUCAUACGUUUUUGGUAGAGGCACAAAAAGAUCAAAAUACCAGGGUUUAUAAUUUAAAAGCAAAAAAUGAAACCGAAGUAGAUUAUUGGAUUGAGGGUAUCAAAGAUGUUAUUAGAUUUAAUGAAGUUUCUUCCAAUAGGGUUUUAAUUUUAGAUGACUUUGUUAAGCAAAAAGAUGAAGAGAUAAUAAAACUUAAAGAGAAAUUAAACAAUUUAACAGAAAGUAAUCAACAAUUAAAGAAUGAGUUAUAUGGAAAAGAAAAGCAAUUAGAAGAUAAAAGAAGAAUGUCAAUGGUCGCAAAUGGUGAAGAGAUUGCUAAAUUAACUAGUGAAAUUUCAGAUAUGAAAAAGGAUAAAUUAAUGUUGGCAGAAAAACAAGUAGAGAUCACAAAAUUAUUAACAACUGUGACUCUCAAAGAAAAGGAUAUUGAGAUUUUAGAAAAGAAUCAGGUUACAUGUCUAUCCGAAAUUAAUUCUUUAAAGCAACAGCUAUUGGAAAAAGAUUCACAGCAAAAGGAUGCCACUAUUCAGUUUGAAGAAAAGAUAAAUUCAUUAGUUAAGCAAAAUUCAGACAUUAAACAACAAUCAGAAUCAAAUUUAAAUGAACUUCAAAAUAAACUUGAACAAGAAAAGCAAAGUUUAAAAGAGGAGUUGCAUCGUAAUGAAAUCAAUUUUACAAAGAAAGAGUCAUCAUUGGUAGAGAAAGAAAAUGAAAUUGCAAAGCUAAAUGAAAGAAUAAAAGAACUUAAUGCCUCUGAUAAUAGAGUGGCCCAGCUUUUGGAGGAAAAGAUUAAAAGAUUAGAGAUAACAGUUACCGAAAUGAGGGAGGAGUCUGACGAAUUAAACCAAUCUUUACUUUCACAGAAACAAAACUCAGAGAAGAUUAUUCAACAAUACGAACAAGAUUUAAAUGAUAAAGAUGACGAGAUCCAAAGAAUAACAAAUAGUAGUAUUUCAAAAUCAUCAGAAUAUCAAUUAUUAAUCGAGCAAGAAAAAGCUGAAUCUACUCAAUUAAAGGAAAAGCUUGAAUUACUAACAUCAUCCAAUCAGGUUUCGUCAAAUUCUUUAAGAGAUUCAGAGUCCUUAGUCAUAUCUUUACAAAAUGAAAUUAAACAACUACACAAUGAAAUAUCAAUUAAAUCAUCUCAGCUCGAAUCAUUAGAAUCAGAAAAAAAAGAAAUUUGCACACAAUUUGAAUUGAAAGAAUUUGAAAGAAUUAAAGAAAUUCAAGAACUAAAUAACCAAUUAAAAGAAUUAAAAGAUAUUCAAGAUUUGAGAAAGCAAGAAUAUGAUCAAGAGAGACAGACAUUAUUAGAAAAAACUAGCCAAUUUGAUGAGCAGAUAACCAAUCUUUUAAAUGACAUUCAAAACAAAGAUAUUGAAAUUUCCAAUCUAUCAUCGAAUGAAUCAUCAUUGAAGCUACAAUUAUCAGAAUAUUGCCAAGUUAAAGAUCAACUAGAAGAAAAGGAAAAGGAAAUUCAGAAAUUAAAUGAAACUACCAAUGCCCAGUUAAAUCAAAUUAAAAAUCAACUGGACGAAAUCAAUAGUAUCUCUGAAAAUUUAGCUGAAAAAGAAAAUCACUUUAAAGAUAGUCUCCAAAAUAAAGAAAAUGAAAUUUUCAACAUCACACAAAAACUAUCAGAUAAAUCAUCCCAGUACGAACAAUUACAAGAACAAUUACAGAGCUUAGAUCUACAACUAAAUGAAAAGAAAGCUGAAAUACAACUUUUGAAUGACCAAAUCAAUGGUUCAAAUGAUUUACAACAAAAACAACUUUUAGAAACCCAACAACAAUUAAAUGAAAAGAAAAAUGAAAUUGAAAAACUUUCUAAUAUCAACCAAACAAUUGAUACAGAGCUUAAAAAUAUUGGAGAGGAAAUUGGUCAAAAGAAUAGUCAAAUAACUAAAUUACAAGAGCAAUUGUUAAUGGUCCAGGAUCAAUUAAAUGAAAGAAAUAAUGAAUUUGAACAAUUUAAAGCCGCUCAAAAUGAAUCCAACGAAUUACUUCAACAACAAUUAUUGGACCUUCAAGAAAAGAACAACCAGAUGGCAGAAAAGGAAAAUGAGAUUCAACAACUAAAUGAAUUAAAAGUAAAAGAGUUAUUAAAUCUCCAAGAAGAAUUACAAGAUAAGGAUCAUCAACUUAACCAAUUGAGAGACCAAAUCAAUAACUCCAAUGAUUCACAACAACAAGAGCUAUUACAGACUAAAGAGCAAUUAUUACACAAAUCGAAAGAACUCAACCAUCAACUUGAGCAAUUAGCAGAAAAAGAUUCUCAAAUUAUUCAAUUCAAAGAAACCCUUAGCAAUAAAGAAAUCGAAAUUAAUGAAAUAAAUAAGAAGUUUGAAAUUGAAAUGAACCAAUCAAAUGAUGUCGUAAACGAGUUAAAUGAAAAGGUUCAACAACUUACAAAUAAUUUACAAGAAAAAGAAAAAGAGGUUCAAGAUAAGCUUAAAGACUUGGAAGAGAAAUUAGCAGAGAGAGAAGACCAACUAGAAGAUAUAUCAAAUCAAUUGAACUCAUUAAGAGAUGUAGUUAAUAAGAAGGAAAGUGAAAUUGAAGAGUUGGUUGAAGAAGUUUCAAAAUUAAAAUCUGAAAAAGAGGAGGCAGAGCAAGAGCAAGAAGAGGCAACAGAUGCUACAAAGAUUGAACAAUUGGAGUUAGAAAUAGUACAUAUUAAGGAUCAACUAUCAGAAAGAGAAAGAGAAAUAUCGGAAUUAAUGGUAUCAAGUGACGACCUUCAAGAUAAAUUAAAUGAUUUAUCAGAUCAAUUAUUCUCAAAAGAAAGUGAGAUUGAAGAAAUAAAUGAAGCUUUAACUAAAAAGGAGAAUGAAUUAGCUGAAGCUCUAGAUCGUUUGAAUACAACCUCAAUAGAAAAUUCCAAUUUAAUAAAUGAUCAUAAUACUACAAAAGAAGAACUCAAAUUAUUAUUUAAUUUAAAUACAGAAAAAGAUGAUCAGAUUAAAGAACUAGUUCACAACUUGGAACUCAUAAGUGAGGAGUCCGAUAAGAAGACUAAAGAGGCAUUUAGUUUAAUCGAAAUAUCCCAAGAAAAAGAAGCCACAAUUGUAAAACUAAGAAAUGAGUUAGAAAACCAAGGUAGAGAUCAAGGAAAUACUAAAGAUUUAGAACCAAAAAGAAUAAUGAUAGAUUUUGAAAGUGAUGAAGAUAACGAUCCUGCCGAUGUAUUAAAUCGUCAUGAAAUUUCAGAAGAGAUUAAAGGACUAAAAGAAAAACUUACAGUUACACUCUUAAAAAAAGAAAAGGAAAUAAAUAUAAUGAUAAAAGAGUGCGAAAAUUUACGUCAAGGUAUUUCAGUUAAAGAUCGUGAUAUAUCACUUUUAAUGUCAAAACUUGAAGAGAAGGAUUUAAUGCUGAAUGAAGCAUCAUUAGAGCUAAUGGAAAAAGACCAAUUAAUUAUUGAUAUACAGAACCAAUUAAGAGAUUAUUCAAUUCAACAACAAGAACAACCAAAGGAUUUAAUAAAUAACCAAUAUAGCCCAGAUCUUCAACUUUCAAAUAACAACAAUAGUAAUAACUUUUCAAUUAACGACAUUGACAAAGAAGAAAUCAUUUUUGAAAACUUUAAACUUAAAGAAAGAAUAGAUUUAUUAGAACAGGAGCUAUCAAUUGAAAAAACCAAACUCGAUGAUAUCUGCCAACAAUUCAAUGGUAUCAUAAAAGAACAUGAAUCCAAGUAUCAGCAAUUAGAGGAAGAAAAUGAAAACUGGAAGAAUGAAUUUGAUAGAGUAAACGACAAACUAAGCGAUAUUUCAACAAACUUUAGCAACAGUAAUAAUCAUAAUAAAAAUAAUGAACUUUUCGAACUUCUUAGAAGUAAAGAAGAUGUAAUUGUCAAUUUAUCAAGUAGUAUCAAUUCUUUACAAUGCGAUGUUGAAAAGAAAGAGAUGGAGUAUCAACAAAGAAUUAAUAAUAUCACAAACUAUUUAGACUCUGUUAAAGAGAAAUACUUUUUUGCUAUUGCUCGUAGUCUUAAAUUACAAGGUACCCAGCUUGGUUGGAAUUGUUCAGUUUCAAUUUACGAGAUUUAUGACGAAGUUAAAAGCUCUAAAAUUUCCUUUGAAGAUUGGCCAAUAUUUAUUUCAAAUAAAUUAUCAAGAUAA